GUGUUGAUAAGUUGUCACGAAAUAUGGUAGUCAAAAGACUUAGCAAAAUGCUACCAGAAAAAACGAAGUUUUCGUUACUAUAUUUCGUAUCCAUAGUUUUAGUAACUGUUUCUGGGUUUGAUGAGGAUGUUGCGAAAUAUCACUCAUACGAAGAUUUAGUUUCACUUUUUUCAAAACUAAAUGCUCAGUAUCCUAAUUUAACGAAAAUUCACACCAUUGGAACAAGCGUUGAAAAAAGAAGCUUGCUUGCCAUUCAGAUAACAGAUAAUGUAGAUGUAACAGAACCGGGCGAGCCUAUGUUUAAAUAUGUUGGUAACAUGCAUGGCAAUGAAGUCGUUGGUCGUGAGUUACUUAUAAAUUUAGUGCCAUAUUUACUGACACAAUAUGAAGCUAAAGAUCCUCGAAUUCGGAAACUAGUGGACUCAACAAAUAUUUUUAUUUUGCCCUCCAUGAACCCAGAUGGAUUUGCAAAAGCCAAAGUAGGAGAUUGUGAUUUAGGAGGAGGCAACGGGCGGGAAAAUGCUAACAAAAUUGAUUUAAAUAGAAAUUUUCCAGAUCAAUUUGUUGCAGCUUCUAAUCAAGACCCCAUUCAGCCUGAAACUCAAGCUAUGAUAAACUGGAUUGAACAAAACCCAUUUGUCCUAUCAGCUAACUUACAUGGUGGCAGUGUUGUUGCCUCUUAUCCUUUUGAUGACUCGGCAUCCCACAAGCUCCAAGGAGUAUACAGUGCGGCACCUGAUGAUAGCGUUUUCAAACUCCUGGCCCAUACCUAUGCUGAUAAUCACCUGACAAUGAAAAAUGGACAUGUUUGUCCAACUGAUAAUUUUAAAGGUGGUAUCACAAAUGGGGCACAGUGGUAUGAUGUACCAGGUGGCAUGGAGGAUUACAAUUACUUGCACAGCAACUGUCUAGAGAUUACUCUGGAGUUAUCUUGUUGCAAGUAUCCAGACCCUUCUGAGUUGCCAAAAGAAUGGAACAAUAACAAAGAAGCCCUUUUAGCUUAUAUGGAAAUGGUCCAUAUUGGAAUUAAAGGUUUUGUGCUUGACUCUGAAACUGGACUUGGAAUUCCAAAUGCUAAAAUUGUGGUUGAUGGGAUUAACCAUAAUAUCACUACAUCAAAGUUUGGAGACUACUGGCGUUUAUUGGUACCUGAUACCUAUACAGUUAGGGUUGUUGCCGAUGGAUAUGAAAGCACUGUGCGAGAUAAUAUUGUGGUGCCUAGUGGUAAUGGGGUGCAAGUGAACUUCACUUUGACAAAGAGAAGUGUCAAACCUUCAUCGGAUUCAUUGGAAACACUAGUGAAUCUUGUAAACUCUCUUCAAGACUACAGCCAUCACUCAGCUACAAACUUCAAGGAGCCGACAAAUUUGACUCACCACAGCAACCAGGAGAUGACAGAACUACUGACUGCCUUAUCCACCCGGUACCCCUCUAUUACAAGACUGUACUCCAUUGGCAAGAGCGUACAGAACAGGGACCUGUGGGUCCUGGAGAUUACUGACAACCCAGGUGUGCACGAGCCAGGUGAGCCUGAGUUCAAGUACAUAGCCAACAUGCACGGGAACGAGGUGGUGGGCAGAGUGAUGCUCCUGUCUCUGGCCACGCUGUUGUGUGAGAACUACGGCACUGACCAGCUCAUCACCCUGAUGGUCGACCAGACACGCAUACACCUCAUGCCCAGUAUGAACCCAGAUGGCUACGAGAUUGCUAAAGAGGGAGACAUCUCAGGCAUUGAAGGGCGCUCCAAUGCUCACAACAUAGACCUAAACAGAAAUUUCCCGGGGCUUUUCAACCAAGUGGAGACCAACAAAGUCCAGGAGAUUGAGACUCUGGAAGUGAUGAACUGGACAAUGUCCUACCCGUUUGUCCUGUCUGCCAACAUGCACGGGGGCUCCCUGGUGGCCAACUACCCCUACGACGACUACCCGAGUGGUCAUCCUGUGGUGCCGUCUGAGUCUCCUGACAGCGCUGUGUUCAAACAAUUAGCUGAGUCUUACUCACUGGCACAUUCAAGUAUGCAUUCUGGCCACCCAUGUCCAAAUAUUGAUGAUACGUAUUUUGAAAAUGGUGUUACUAACGGUGCCAAGUGGUACGCUGUGACUGGCGGCAUGCAGGACUGGAACUACGGAUUCACCAACUGUUUUGACAUCACAUUUGAGUUGGGCUGUGUCAAGUACCCACUGAAAAGUGAUUUACCCUCAUACUGGGAGGCCAACAAAGACUCACUACUAGUUUACAUGGGCCAGGUACACAAAGGUGUGAGAGGGUUCGUCAAAGACAAAGAAUCUGAUGCGCCUAUAGCUAAUGCCGUGAUAUCAGUGGAGGGCAUCAAGCAUGAUAUACACUCAGCGGCUGACGGGGAUUACUGGAGACUGCUCACCCCCGGGACCUACGUCUUAACUGCUAGUGCCAUUGGCUACAAGCCCCAGUCCAUAACUGUCAAGGUCAGCUCUGGGGCAGCUGUGUCUGUCAACUUUAGCCUAGCUGUGGUGGACGCUGCCAAGUGGACGUCAGUGGAGGACUUUGACAUUAAAGAAAACAUGCAGUCUGAUCGCUACUUGUCACCCAGCGAUAUCAAACAGGAGCUUCUUAACAUGGCCAGCAAAAAUCCAACUGUUGCCAAGUAUGAACAUUUGGGACCCCCUGGGAAUGAUGAGAUUGCUACAAUUCAUCUUUCAGCUUCGUUCAAUGAUAGCAAGCCCCAUGUCCUCUUGCUGGGUGUCCUGAAUGGUGAUUCACCACUAGGUGGCGAGAUACUUGUGAGAUUAGCUCGUCAUUUAAUCACAGGUUUCAACCAGAAGGAGCCCAAGGUUGUGAAUGUUCUGAGCAAGGUGCAUGUUCACAUCCUGCCUCAGUUCAAUGCUCAGGUUACCUCUGCUGUAGCUGGGGACUGCACAGGGGAGAAUUACAAAGGGUCAAAGUUCAAUAAACUUGUCAUAGAAAAGGACCCAUCUGUCUCCUACCUAGUGAAUUUUAUUGCCUCGUACAAGUUUGACCUUAUACUCAAUUUGGAAGGGGGUGGCAAGUUCAUUGUCAUCCCUCGUAAUGUUCCACUGAGUGAAAACCAUAUAGAUCUAGUGAUGACAGAGGAUGAAGACAUUCUCCAGGAGAUAUCCAUGGCUUUUGUCAAGUCAAUGACUGACAUCCACCAUCCAGAGGCUUGUGGUGGGGCUAAAUAUUCAGGGAUUAUUCAUGGGGCAUCCAUGGGCAACGACGGAGUAGCCUUUGCUGAUACUGUGUAUGCUCAGUACAGGACCUUGAUGCUUAGUGCCCACAUAGCAUGCUGCAAAUACCCCCCUGCCUUGGAACUCCCAGACCUGUGGAUGGCAUCUCUGCAACCCAUUCUAAAUGUCUUAACUAAGUCUCUACAAGGGGUCCAGGGCAAGGUGGUCAAUGAAAAGGGGGAGACAAUCUCCUCGUACUCCCUGCAGCUGGACAGUCGCAGUAAAUUUGAAUUAAGUUCUAAUUUCUUUUGGCUGACUACAGCGGGCUACCAUGACAUCACAAUAGAAGCUAAGGGCUACAACACAGUGACCAAAAGGAUCUACAUGCAGGAGAAUUCCCCCGUCACCCUGGAUGUAGUGCUGAAGGUGGAGGACACCAGCAACCAGAGGGUGGGUUACCAUGACUACACGGCUCUCACCAGUUCAUUGAAGAAUAUAUCCAGCAAGUGUCAGGAUAUUGCCAGCUUAGUCAGUAUUGGUAAAACCAAAUUGGAGUCUGAUAUCUGGAUGCUGAAGUUUGGUCAUCCUGUGUCUGAGGGUCAUUUGAGGCCUAAGAUAUUCUUUGUGGGCAAUGUCCACGGGGAGGAGAUGGUGUCCAGAGAGGUCCUGGUCCAGCUGGGCAUGUACUUGUGUGAUCAGGGCAAGCAGGACGAUUUUAUGGCAAAGUUGCUACAGGAGAUGGAGAUUUUCAUUAUUCCAGCACUGAAUGUGGAUGGUGGUCGGCUGGCCAUGCCCAGUGUCUGUGAGAAAGGGAUGGGGCACAACAACUCUCUCAACUUUGACCUGGACACCAACUUCCUGGGUGUUGAUGACUACAAAGGUGAUGAAGAACAGCUUGAGACCAAGGCAUUGAAGAAAGCCUUGUCAGAUACAAACUCUCAUAUAGUUGUCAACCUGCGCAGUGGGAAUAAUGUGGUGGCCUAUUUUGGACCAGCUGACCAAGCAUUGGCUGAGGCAUUUGUUCACGGUGGUGGAGGGGAGACAACAAAUCUUGGAUGUGGUGAAAGUUUUAAAUCUCCUAUAGUAGAGUAUGAAAAAUACUUUUCCCACAAAGGAAGUCUAAUGCGAUACCUCCACUGGAAUGUUCAUCGUGCUGCACUGGAGGUGUACACCAGCUGUUGCAGGUACCCAAGUGCUGACCAGCUGGUUGGUAUCUGGACACACAUGAAGCAGCCACUCAUGUCCCUCAUCAGAGAGUCACAUAAAGGAGUGUAUGGAACUGUGGUGGACAAAGAGAGCCAGAAACCUUUGUCUCAGGUGAGGAUUACGGCAACCCCUUCAGGCUAUGUGCAGUACACAGACAGUAAAGGCAGAUUCAUCUUCUACCUGCCAGGAGGGACCUACAAGUUUAAAUCUGUUGUCAGCAGUUACCAGGAUCAGGAUACGGAGGUGGUGGUGCUGUUAGGUCCAAAUGCUAAGGAAAUUGGUAUUGAGAUGAUCACCAGUACUUGGAUAUUUGGAUUGUCUCCCAUGCUAUCUGUUACAAUUAUAGGUUGUGUAGUCUUGCUGAUCCUGAUCUUCAUCACUGCCGUCAUGUGCCUGAAGAAAACAGGCCGCAUGCAGUACGACAGCCUGGGCUUCCAACAGCUCCAGGACCACGACGAGGACGACGACAGCGACGACCUGACUGACAUAGCCCACGACAACAACGCCUACAAGAUGAAGGAACAGAACAACCACAAGGUGCUGGAGGAGUACCACGAUCAGGCAUCCGACGAGGACGAAGAGGAUAGUUUGUUUGAUAAAGGCCAGUUGAUAAAAUAAUGUUAGGAAACUUUUUAGUGUAGAUUCUUGUUGGUGGUAAUUUCCUCUACACUGUUGCUAAUUUUGAGAUUAUUAUUAUUUUUUCGUAUUGCUGUUUAAAAAACGAUAUAUAAGCUAUUGAAAUUUUUAACAUACUGUUUAUAGUUAAAUUCCAAGUGAUCUCAAGCAGUGGCUUAGGCAAAGGGUGGGGGGUUGUUUGAAGGGGUUGAAACCCUCCUCCCCCAAGUACAAAUAAAAUGAUAGCUGUUUUACAUUAACUUACAGAUAAUGCCAUUGGUACACCCAUUUUGUUAUUACUUUCAAUUUCAGUAUUUUGAAUGUUAAAAAAAAAAUAACAAUCUUAAAAUGGUCAUUGAAUAUGUUUAAAUAUAUAUAUAUAGUAAAAACCGGGUUUUUAAA